AUGGUGGCGGAAGUGGACGCAGCGGGAUGGCCUGGCUUCGCAAUUCUGCUGCGCCGCACUGGGAUGAAGAUGCCAUCUUGGAAAAUUCGGAUGGCUGAGAGCGGCAGCCUGCUGCGCUCAAUGGCCCAGGGCCACUUCGUGUGCUUGGUGCUUCUGGCGGCCCAGUUUGGCCUCCAGCCGCUACUGGCGAAGCGAUUGCUGCCCAAGGGUGCCUUUGCCUCAGUGAUUCUGCUGAGUUCCAACGCCAUGAAGAUCUUGAUCUCGGCUGCCGUGUUGCUGCUUGGAAGCAACAGAGAGCAGCUCAAAGAGCUAGCUCGCAGCUGGACAUUUCGUGAUUCUACCCUCAAGGCCGGGUUGCCUUCUGCGCUAUUCGCUGGACAGGGUUGGCUCAUUCAAGUGGGUCAGACUCACCUGGAUUCCCUCACCUUCAAUCUGUUGAACCAGACGAAGACACUGUCUGCUGCACUGAUUUGCUACUUGAUGCUAGGUCGUCGGCAAUCGUUGAUGCAAUGCUUCGCCUUAUUUCUGUUGUUCCUUUCAGCGCUGCUGUUGGCCAAGAAGAAAGCAACUCCUGUGACUCCAAUGGAGGAUUUGGCGAGGGACGACCACUUCUGGUUGGGCGUUGUGCCCGUGCUGUGUGCAGUUCUCAGUUCGGGCCUCACUGCUGCCUUGACGCAACGAGCCUUGAAGGGCUCGGAAGGCCGGAAUAGCUGGCUCUACUCCAUGGAGAUUUCCAUUUGGGGAUCAUUCUUUCUGAUAUGUGGACAGCUGAUCCAGCAUGCAGCCUUGGAAGGCACUUUGAGUCGAGAGGGGGGUUGGCUGGCCACAAAUUUCCAGGGCUGGUCAGCGCAAUGCAUCCUCCCAAUCUCCACUCAGGCAUGUGGUGGAAUAUUGGUUGGACUUGUGACGAAGUACUCAGAUGCUGUGAAGAAGGGCUUUGCGCUCGUUGCUGGCAUCGUUUUGACAACCGUAUCCCAAGCAAUGCUGGAGGAUACUCCAUUGACGAGCAGACACCUUCUGGCAGCAGUUUUGGUGGCGGUCUCGACAGUGCUUCAUUCUACCUUUCCUCCCCAGCCGCAGUUGCAGAAGUCCAAAACGAUAUAG